GCCUUGCGUAGUUAAGUAGCUACGCCCGCAUCCGUUAGCUGGAUUCAUCUCUGUUGCUAUGGCUGCGACCGAUAGCCAUGGCAAUAGUCAGAGCGAAUUUUCCGAUAGGAAGAGGUGCAGAGAGGAGGAGGAAAACCCUGAAACACUGACUUCACUGGAACAGUGUAGUAAGAAGAAGAAGAAGAGAAAGAAGAAAAACAAGGGGCAGGAAGCAAACGAACAUCCUCAGGUUCAGGUAUGCCCUAACCCGUUACUAGAAGACACUUUAAUCCCAAUUGUUUCGCCAAAGGAAAAAACUGAAGCUACGGCACAGAAAACGAAGGAGAAUGUGCAAGGUGCACAGCACCUUCAGACAUGUAAAGCUUUAACUCCGUUAAGCAUAGAACCCAACAUUAGGAAGGAAAAAGGAGCACCACUAGAUGAUGCUAAUGCUAAUGGUGAUGGAGACCCGUGCUCUAAACAUGAAACCGCUGUUCCUGAAAAGAGGAAAGGGGAAGGAUCAAAUGAAGCUGCUGCAGAGAACCCUGUAAAUGAUCCAAUAUCGUCGGAAGAUAUUUCUAGGAAAAAGAAGUCGAAGAAGAAAAAGAAGAAUGUGCUCAGUUCCCUGGUGACAGAACCAGAACAAGAAGUGGAACCAAAGGAGUCCAGUAAUACAGAUUGCCCUCAACAAUACCCAGAACUGAUGAAUAAUACGGAAAAAGGAACAGAGCCAAAAGAAGCCAAUGCUGAGCAUUCUGGAGUGUGGUCUAAACCUGAAUUGGCAUUCCCAUUAGAUGUAGCAAUCCUGAAAGACUCAGAACUGAAAAAAGGGGCAGAACCAGCUCAUACUAAUAUAGAGCACCCUCAAGUGUGUUCUAAACGAGAAUUAUCACUCCCAUUAGACCUGGCAACCUCAAUAAACAAAAAGAAAAAUAAGGUGGGAGGAGGUGAAGCACAUGCAACAAACUCAGAAAAGAGAAAAGAGGCAGAAGUAAGUGAAGGACUUGCACUGCACCCUCAACCUCAACCUUGCACUAAACCAGAUCCAGAACCUCCAGGAGACCUAAUAACUGCAGUUGAUCAAAGCAGAGGGAAGCAAAAAAAUAAAAGUGGGAGAAAAAGAAAAAUGUGCUCAGAAGAGAAGGAGGAGAACCAAAUUAACCCUUUGCAUUUGAACAUAACACUCAACCAUUCCCUGAACAAAAUCCAAUCGGAGCCAGCAACCACAAUAAGCCCCAAACCAACAUCUCUGACAGACCAAACAAUCCCAGUAGAUCCAGCAAUCCCAAAAGACACAGAACAGAAGUCCAAGAAUAAAAAGAGGAAGAAGCAAAAGAAUAAUGUGCUGGAUGGGGAGGAACUUAAUGAACAUAUUACUGAGCAGCCUGAAACCCCAAUUCAGACACCUACAUGCCUUAUAGCAGCAUCCCCAAUAGAUCCAACAAUCCCAAUGGACCCUUGCCCUGCAAUCCCAAUAAGCCCAGUAAUCUCCAAAGACCCAGAACAUAAGAUGUCAAAGAAUAAGAGGAAGAAGGAAAGGAAGAGUGCGCUCAAGGGUGAAGGGGCAGAACCCGAUGAACACAAUGGCAACCCACCUGAAGGCCCGACUGACGCCCCAGAUCAGAAAUCUGUAUACUUAUCAGCACCCUCAAUUGAUCUAAUAAUCCCAAUAGGCCAAACUCCCCCAGUAGACACAGCAACCUCAAUAGAGCAAGAUCAGAUGAUGGCCAAGAAAAAGAUAAAUAAAAAAAGGAGGAGUGCGCUCAUGGGUGAAGGAGAAGAACCUAAUGAACAUGAUGGCAAGCCAUCCAAUGCCUCAGUUCACAGAUCUAUAUAUACUACCGCAGCAGCCUCCAUAGACCCAACAAUCCCAACAGGCCAAGCUCUCCCAGUAGAUCCAGCAACUCCAGCAGCUCCAGUUGACUCAGAACAAAAGAUGACCAAGAAAAAGGAGAAGAAGAAAAGGAGUGCGCUCAUGGGUGAAGGGGAAGAACCCAAUGAACACAAUGACAAGCCACCCGAUGGCCCAGUUCAGAGAUCUCUAUAUCCUACAGCAGCAGCCUCCAUAGACCUGACAAUCCGAACAGGCCAAGCUCCCCCAGUGGACCCAGCAACUCCAGUUGACCCAGAACAGAUGACCAAGAAGAAGAGGAAGAAAAAGAAGAAGAGUGAACUCAUAAGCACAGUGGAAGAACUCAAUGAGCACAAUGGCAAGUCACCUGAUGCCUCAGUUGGGAGAUCUAUAUAUCCUACAGCCGCACCCUCCAUAGACCCAACAGGCCAAGCUCCUGCAGUAGACACAGCUACGCCAGUAGCCCCAGAACAGAAGAUGACCAAGAAAAAGAGGAAGAAGAAAAGGAAGAGUGCACUCAUAAGUGAAGGGGCAGAACCCAAUGAACAUGAUGGCAAACCACCUGGAACCCCAGUUAAGAUAUCUAUUAAUCCGAUAGCAGCACCUGCUCUAGACUCUGAACAGAAGAUGACCAUGAAAAAGAAUAGUGCACUCAGAAGUGAUGGCUUAGAAUCCAAGAAACACAGUGCUGAUCCACCCACUGAAACCCCAGUUCCAAGAAGAAGGUCCUCAGUCACUGAAGUUCCUUUUGAAUGGGUUGGUGAAAAUUCUGUGAGAUGCAUGGCAUGCCGAGGGCUUGGUCACACAUUCCAACGCUGUCGAAGGCUGAGAGGUCUCCCCAUGGAUGCAGAAGUUUGCUUCUUUUGUGGGGAAAUUGGACAUUCACUUGGAAAAUGCUCUGUGUCUCAAGCAGGGGGAGGAAGGUUCGCGAAGUGCUUAUUUUGUUAUAAACAUGGACACUUCAGCUAUAACUGCCCUCGAAAUGGUCAUAGAAUUGAGCCAAACGAAGCCUUGUGAGCUAUAGGAGAGUCUAGCUGAAGUUUCAAAUAUGUCAACAGGGAUGGUCUUCGGGAUGACUCCAAGUCAAUUUACAGCAGUACUUCUGUACGUGUAUAGUUGUGGAUCUCGGUUCUUUGGCAUGGGGAUUUGAUGAUUUAUAUCGUGCUUGGCAGGCAUGGUUUCCCAAUUUUGUAGGUUUAAAAUCUCUAAUGUAACCGAAUUGGUCAUAUUAUUGGCAGGUUAUUUGGUUUUCAUAUCCAUGUUUUUUUUUAUAUUUCUCUAUGUUGGGAUUAGUUGGGGUGGCUAGAAAAAUAAUGUUGUUACUUUACAUAACUGUAGUUAUUUUUUUAAUUAAAUAUUACAUAUAACUAUCUUUUAUUAAUAUUUAACAUUAUUUUACG